CGUCCUCGGUUGCUAUCAUGGAGGAACUGUACACAGACAGACUCAGUAGAAGCAGCUAGAAAAGUCACAGUUUAGUAAGCCGAAUUAUUCCCGAGAGGCUGUAAUUUAUUAAGGAGAAGUUGCUACGAUGUGGAGUCGAACAUUGACUUUGUUUGUCUGUCUUCGCCCUGAAAAUGGUUGAAGCAGUUUGAACCGCUGACGUUUGCUAAAUCGGACCCGACAAGCCCAGUUAGCAGCUAGCAGCUUAGCCGGUAGCUGAACCUGUGUGUCUGCCCGGUGUCAACAAGGAGCAGCAGCCCCAGAGGAUGCAAGUUGUUCAGGGCAACUUCUUCUACCACUCAAAUUCAAGAUUGGGAGCUGAUGGAGGCCUCAAAGAUGAGAGACAACUUUUGGUUGAGGAGCAGAAUAAAUGCAGAUCCCAAGCUCGAAAGUUCUCCCUGGAAACCAACCGACGCAGGAAGGCUCUGGAGGAGAGACGGAAGCAGCGGGACGUUCAGGAGCAACGGCUGAUAGAAAACAUCCUAAAGCAGCGCAGACAGCGAGUACAGGAUGCAACCGAGCGCUUCCAGAGAGCACAUUUACCUCCCUCUCAGAGACGCAGACAAACUUUUAGAAGAAAUGUCCCAAAUAUUGAAGAUGCACUCAAUGAAAUUCAAGGCUCCUUGAGUUCAUACACCCGACAGUCCUCUUUCUUGUCCAGCAACUCUAACAUUAGCAGAAGUUGCACCCCCUCUCCGAAGCCGCCCACAGUUUCUAAAUCCUCCCACCGCCAAGCGCUCUCAGCUGUGGAGGCCUACACUAAACUGCUUCAGGAGCAGAGCAUGACCUGCCUCAACAACAGUCAGCAAACUGAACAGACACAAGAGAAGCAACAAGAUCACAGUCCUCGGGACAGCCAACUGUCUGAUUGCUCUAAUUCUGAAAGCCUUUCAAGUAAGGACAGUUUGGAGAAUGACGAUCCCAACCCCAGCACAAAAAAUCUACUGUCUUCCUUUUCCUCGUUCCUGCUGGACUCAGAGAAGUCCCAUCCAGACCUCAGGGGGCAAAAUGACUCGUGUCCAACAUCAGACCUCAAUCCUUUCUCAGCGAUGAUGCUUCUUGGUGACAACUUAACCCAAUCAAGAACACUGCAUGAACCUAAGCAGAAAAAACAAGAGGACCCUGAAGGGCCUAAGAAUAAGAUGCACAUUUCUAAAGAUUCUUGGGGGUCCACAUCUGUUGAGCGAACACCAAAAGAGACCCAGCCUGCUUUGCACAAGAGCAACUUAUUAACUCUUUGUAAAAUUAUUAGUGCAGACCCAGAGCACUUUGAGGUAAACUCCUCACCAAACUGUCCCAGUGACAACAUCAGUCUUACACGUGGAGUUGCUCCCGGCAACGCAGCACUUGAGUCUUCGCGUCCUAAACAGGAUUCUCUGUCGGAUGUUAGGCAGAAGGGAGUUCAUCAUGACAGACAAUUAAAACAUCCCUCAGCAACAGAAAUUCUCUUACCUGCCAAAAAUGGCAACAGCAAGGACAUUUUGUUUGGGGGCCCCCCAAAGCCCAACAUUGUGUUGCACGAUAGCACGACAGAUAACGCCUCACUAGAAGGGACUCCUCAGCAAACAGGAAGAGAAAACCACUAUCUGUCAUCUCACAAAGAGCCUCCUGCUUCCAUAAACAACCUCAAUAAGGUUCUAAACUCAGAGCCCAAAACUGAGAAGCACAUUAAUGCGGCUUCUCUGCAACACGCAUGCUUGUCUAACAUUCAAUCAGACAGUCUUAAGUGCCUAAAGUUUCCUGAGGAGGAAGUACAAAAAUUGCCUUUUUCAGCGAAGACAUCUCAUUCAGUAUGUGAAGUCAGAUUUAUUAAAGGAAUCCUUAAAAAGCCGCCCAAAUAUGUGUCAGGAGAUACCCAACAUGAGUAUCGCUCAGGACAUUUGAUUUUUGGAAAACAAGUAGCUUUAGCGAUUAGAGAUAGUGUUGAAUUGACAAGAACAAAAACUAAGGAUGUGGACGGUAGCAACACUGUCAAAAAGAAGCUACGCUGGUUUGAUGAGGUGGAAAAAGAGGACAAAGAACAGAACAUAAUGAAACAGAUGAAAGCCAAGUCUUCCAAUCUUUCUCAGUCAAAUAAUAACUCAGAGGACCACCAGCUAAGUCUCACUAUAGUCUCAGGGGCUUCCAAGCCUGGACCCAGCAUGACCCCUCCAGCCUACACUGGUUAUCACUUUACAAAGCAAGCGUGGGCAGAUGUUGGGGUUCAAGUCAGCCUGCCCCAGGAAAGAGCAGACGAGGUCAAGGUGCCACGGAGCAGCACCAGGAGCGGCGGCCCCAAGGUCCCUCGGAGAGAGCGCUCUGCCAGAGCUGGAGCGGGUCCUGUUUCCUCACGGACUAGAAAAGGCACUGUCAUACGACCUCAAUCUGCCACCGAGGUGAGUCAGAUUGCCAAAACCCAAGGGAAGAUCAUGGCGCCCCGCCCGCCUCCGAGGAUGGAAUCAGUGGAAGAGAAGACGCUGUGCAUGGCUAAGACUCCAUAUGGUGUGGACUGUAAACAAGCUCUGGCUGUGGAGCAGGCCCUGCACAAGGACAACUCACAAGGCCUUUUCUCACCUUACACCAAUAAUGUAAUUAAAACAGACAGUACUGUUAUGUACACACCCCUGCCACCCACGUAUAUCUACCCCUUCUCAAAGGGAAACACGAAGGGAGUGGCCAGCUCAGGUCAGCAGGAAACUCAGGGCUGCAGCAGAAGAAGAGGGAUGGUGUACAAUGAGAAAGGCCUCUGUUUAGAUUGCACUCCCACAGAUGAGGAGAUCUCACAGCUCUGGCACGGUGUCCGCAGUGCCUUAACCACCAACGACGUUCUUUCAGCAAAAGUGAUGCUUGGCAGACAGGACGUGGACAGUGAUCGAGUAGUGAGGAGAGCCAGCGUGGAGCAGAGCAGGCAGCCUCCCGGCUCAGGGAGCAGGAGGCUUCCUCAGACCUCUCAGCAAACAAAACAGACCACAGAGCCAGUCAGACAGUUUUCCAGAACUCACAACAUGGUGUUUCAAGAUGAAGGUUUGGUGAGUGCAGCCCAGUUACACCUGACUAAAGUACUUCCUGGAGGCCAACUGGAAGAAACUAAUAUUGUGGCUGCCAUGGAAACAGCCCAAACACAGAGGCCUGGCACGGUGCAGCAGCGCGGCCAACAGCAGGGACUUACCAACAUUUCCUUGGAAGAGCAGAAAAUCCUGCUCUCUCUGGACAGACUGAACCACCAGCUGUACUGUGUGCAGGAACAUGUGGGCGUUAAUACUGGCAUGCGUGGCCUCGUACUUUAUGAUGCACCUCCUACAAGGGAAGUGAAAGUCACAAACCAUCAGAAGCACCGUGCAUCGUCAGCUAACAACCGCUCUCGAAGCCAGAAGAGAUUCUGACUUACGGCAUGUGUGGUCCACAGUGGUCUUCUCUCUCGUCAGUGCAUUAAUCCUGUCCUGUCAUAUUAUAUGAGUAUGUUUUAUUGCAAACUAAAUAUUCCCACUCAAGUAUCUUCAAAGAUCUAAGAGAUCAGCAGCAAUGUACUGUAGAGUCAAUAAAACUUCAGCUAUAUAAAACCAGACGGACUUUUAAGUUGAUGAGUUGAAAAUUUGUUUUUUUAUUUUCACCAUCUGCUUGGACAUUGUUACAGAAACAUUUAUUUUAACUUAGUUGAGCCACUUAAUAUUAGCAAUCAAAUUCCAAGUGCCUUUGAAAAUUAUUCUGGCUUUAAUUUGUUUUCAUUCACAAAUUGACACAUGGUCAGAAUGUACUGCAAAAGAGACAUUAUAGAUUUGUAUUUAUUUUCAAAGCUGUUCAUUCUGUAUUUAUUUUCUAUAUUAAAACUAUAAUCCAUGGAAACUAUUUUGGGAUCAUAUUGACAGUGAACUAAAUAAAGCUUGUUGUCAACAUACUGACAAAGUGACUGGGUGCAGUGUGUUUAGCAGGUUAGUGUUUCCUCAGUGAUGCAUAAAGCA